GGCCCCAACCUUCUUCCUACAACCCACCUGAAAGGAUACCACGCUUCAAUCAUCCAUCACGCAGUAAGUCAUCCGACCCAACCCGACUUUCCCUCUUCUGGCCGCAACCGCUAACAGCAUCACAGCUGCCCCAUCACAAUGCCUGCUAUCCGAAGAAGCCUGCAGGCACCUAGGCCCGACAAGCCUUAUCUGACUGAAGGCCAUAAUGUGAUCCUUAAGAUCGAAGAAGCUCUUAGGCGAAAUAAGGAUAUUAGAGAGGCCUGGUUUAAUAAGGAUAAUGCCAGCUGUAUUAGGAUAGCGAUCUUUAGUUGCAAGAUCCUCCUGCUUAUAUGGUCUAUCUAUAAAAACCCUCUAAUUAAUAAAGACUUCCUUAAAUGCAAGAAGCAGAAGCUUAAGGAUCUAGAAAGGAAGCUAUGCAGAGGGGUGCAGCCAAGCAGGAGGGAAAGGGGGUUCUUUAGGGCCCUUAACGGCGGCUUAUAUAACGAGUGGCUUAAGGAUAUCCGGUAGCAGGCUAAGGAGGUACUAGAGAAGACUAAGAACCUGUGAUGCGAUGUCUGGGAUAGAAGCGGGGUAAUCGCGGGGUUUAGAGGAAAAAUGUAUUGAGUUUUGUGUGAGUUUAGUU